AUGUCUUCUUCAAACGAGAACCGUAUUAACUUUCUCUCUCGACAACUUAGAAGUUCAGCCAUUAAAUUACCUCCAGCUGCAAGGCGUGUGGUUGGAUCAUAUCAGAACAUCAAUGCUGCAGCGGAGGAAUGGACAUUUGGUAUACUUGGAAAACUUGUUGCAAAGGAAAAAAUCAAGAUGAAAACUAUAAGAGCUGCAGUGAACUCUUUAUGGAGACAAUACAGAGGGAAGGAGAUCUGUGUUCUGGGUCACAAUCUAAUGUUGGUGAGGCUCAAUAAUGAAGAAGAACAAAACGAGGUCAUUCAAAAUGGUCCAUGGAUAGUUGGAGGAGCAUUGUUUGUAGUCCAAAAAUAUUUCUCUCAUAUACCUCUGCAUGAUUAUGAGUUUACACACCAGAUCUUUACUAUUCAAUUCAAACAUCUAAAGUUGGAGCACAUGAAUGUUGCAAUCAUUGAUAAAGCACUGGAGUUUAUGGGAAAGAAAAUUUUAACCAGCCCUCCAAACUGUAUACCCAAGUAUGGAAACACAGUAACAACAAGGAUAGAGAUAGAUCUCAAAAAACCUUUACACAGAGGUGGAUGGUGGAAAACCAUUGACGGUGGUGAAGCCUGGGUUAGAUACCACUGGAGUUUACAGCUAAGCAACAUCUGCGACAAGUGCUGGGUCAUAGAUCAUGUUGACAUUAAAUGCAUGCAAACCAAUUAUUUACUGCACUUAGACAUCUUAUCCACUGAGGAAUGUGAAGCAUACAUGAAUGAAGAAGCUGAUGUUUAUGAAGAAAAUGAAGAUGAAAGAAGCAUGGACAAUUCUUUUGCACAAGAGAUGGCAGCAGAAGCAGAAAAUUCUAGGCAGAAUAAGAGGAUGAGAAAUUCUACCAUGAACCAUCCACCCUCCAUGAACCCUCACAAUCUGCAUGUCACUCCCCCUAGCUCUAGAGGAAAUCAUAUCUCUACUACUUUGGAAAAUCACAAUGCUGAGAUGAUGGAGGCUGAUAUUUCAAAUGCAGCAUCAAACCCCACAACUGAAAAUCAUGGAGCUCCUGCUCAGGUAUACACCAUUUAUCAUCCUUUUGCAUCUUCCCUUAAUUGCUUUCAGUCUUAUUUCUUUAACAGUAGUUAUAGAACCAUCAUCUUAGCUCUGUCGUUUUUUGUAGAUAAAAUGAAAAUUAUUUCUUGGAACUGUAAUGGUUUUGGAGGUAAAGAAACUAGGAAUUACCUAAUAUAUUUAAACAAAAUGCUCAACCCAGACAUAAUUUUCCUACAAGAAACUAAAGUCAACUCAGACAAAAUUCUAAACUUCAUAAUGCCUUUGAACUUCCCUAAUAAUUGCUUUGUUCCGUCUGUGGGCAGAGCUAGAGGCAUCUGUCUUCUUUGGAAAGAUGGGUUUCAAUUUGAUAUUAUAUAUCAAGACAAAAACAUGUUUCAUUGUCUUGUUUGCAGCGACCUUGCUAAGCCAAAAUGGCUUCUUUCCUGUGUUUAUGGGUCUCCUUACCCUCAAGAAAAAGCUGCUCAAUGGAGUUUUAUUGAAAAAGUCUGUGAAACUUGUAAUAUCUUUGCACCCUGGGUUUUGUUAGGCGACUUAAACAUAACUCUUCAUAGUGAUGACAGACUAAGUGGUAGUAGUACUGCUUUUAAGGUUUCUCCCAUAGCUCAGGUAGUUCAUGAUAUAGGUCUUACUGACUUAGGGUUUCAUGGUAAUCCCUAUACCUGGACCAGUAAUAAACAUGGUACUGGUAAGAUUGAAACUAGGAUCCGACACUGUCCCAUAUUUCUUGAUAUGUCACCAACUGAUAAAAUUAGUACUAAAAACUGGAAAAUUUUUGAGUGUUGGUUACGUGAUAUUUCUUGUAACACAACAAUUAAAGAUGCUUGGGCCAAGCAUUACAGUGGAUCUGCAGCUUAUUCUUUGGAUAAAAAACUUGGAGAAACAAGAAGAAUUAUGUCCAUAUGGAACAGAAAUUCUUUUGGCAAUAUCCAACAACAACUGAAUAACUUACAACAACAGCUCCUGCUACUUCAACAACCAAAUGCUGCAACGGAUAAUACUGCUAAGAUCUUGGAAGUCGAGAAAGAAAUAAAUGAGUGGCACAUCAGAGAGGAAGAAUUUUACAAACAAAAAUCCAGAGACUCCAUGUUCACUGAGGUGGAUCAGAAUACAAAAUAUUUUCAUCUUCAAGCUAACAAGAGAAGGGCGCGCAACAGAAUUGAAUCUCUGCAAAAACCAAAUGGCACAUGGUGCAGUGGAAGGCAAAAUCUGGAAAAACUCCUCAUCAAUCACUUUACAAACAUCAUGACUACUUUUGAAACUACCAGGGACGAAGAUAUUCUCAAUAUUCUCCCAACCUGCAUAAAAUAUGAAGAUAAUAUGGCCCUUGUGAAGAUCCCAGAUGUAGCUGAAAUAGAAUGCGCACUCAAGAGUAUGAAGUGUUAG